CUCGCGACCCACCUCCACCACUCGUGUCCCCGCCAUGGCUGAGCAGGCACAGUCCGACGACGCCCUGCGGCCGCAGUCCUCCGCCGCCGGCGAGCUCGAUGCGCUCUCGACGCUCUCUCUCUCGCUCUCCAACCUCGUCUCCAUCGCCGGCGCCGCGCUCUCGGCCCUACCACUGCGCGCGCUGCCGCUGCAGAUCAAUGCCGCCCUGCCCGUGCAUGCGCCGCCCGACGCCACGGCGCACAUGUAUGCGCCGCCGGCAAUGAGCGCCUUCAUCGACGAGCUCGGCGCAGACCUCACCACCGAGGCCGAGCGUGCGCGCGACAUCAUCGCGCGCCUCGACGUGCGCGAGACGGACGACGAGGCCGACGCGCGCGAGCUCGAGCAGCUCGAGCAGGAGAUGCGCGCGGCGAACGAGGAGUUUGCCAGCGCGGCGCAGGAUGCUGCGGACCUGCGCGACGAGCUGCGUGCCCUCGUCACUGCCACGGCCGCCGAGCACGCCCAGGCGCGGGCCGAGCUCGCUCGCGCUGCCGAGCCGGCGCCGUCUGGCGAAGCGAAGGCAGAACUCAACAGCUGAGCGUCUCGCUUGUACGCUGCGGUCGACAAGCGCAGUCCUCGCUAGAAGGCUCAGGUGGGCGCGAUCCUUCUGGCGUACUGGGCACGUCACGCACGCGGCGCGCGCGGCACGCCCUGCACACCUUUCCGCCAGAGUGCACCCUCACAGCGGCACGCAAAGCCAGCUCGGCGACGGGCUCUGUGCUCGCGAGCUUUCUGGGAGCACUAAGACUGUGCAGAGACACAAGAGCUGCGCGUUGCCGCUCAACCAAGUCCGGCUUGCACACGCGCAAUCUUCGGCGCUGCUCGACUCAAGCAGCAGCACGCGCUUCUCCUCUUGCCCACGAAGCACAGGCGCUUCAGUCGCGGCACCACAUGUAUUGCACAGGCAGCAGCCAUGCGAGGAGACAGAAAUGCGAAUGGGUUGGAGAGGGAAUGUCCCGUCGCCCAGGCCAGCGCCGUGCACAGAGCAGGCACGGCGCCGUCGCGCACAACAACAUUGCACGCGGGCCAGACAGUCGGGGAUCGUGGGCACUCUGCCUCCCAGC